CUGGUUAGACCUCUUCAUGUACCACUUGUUAAUGUGCAUACAACUGCAGCUGCUAUGAGAGCAACACAAGAGGAAUUUGAAAAAGCAGUGGAACAGUUAAAGCUUCUGAAGCAGGACCCUGGGAAUGAAACAAAACUGCAUAUUUAUGCAUUGUUUAAGCAGGCAACACAAGGUCCCUGCAAUGUAUCAAAACCAGGCAUGUUAGAUUUUGUUAACAAAGCCAAAUGGGAUGCAUGGAAUGCACUUGGUAGUUUGUCCAAGGAUGAUGCUAGAAAGAAAUACGUUGACCUCGUUUCAAGUCUGGUGCAGGAAUCUCCUAGCAGCAUAAAAGCAACACAGGCAGGCAGCACAACUUCAUACGAAACUUUGCUGGUUACGAAGCAAGACAAAAUCACAACUAUAUGCUUUAACCGUCCAGACAAGAAAAAUGCCAUCACAACUCAGAUGUACAGUGAGAUUAUGCAGGCACUUGAAGAAGCAGCCCAGGAUGACUCUGUGAUAACAGUUAUGACAGGGAGUGGUGAUUAUUAUAGCAGUGGAAAUGAUCUAAGCAAUUUUACUAAAAUCCCACCAGAAGGGGUAAAGAAGGCAGCAGAGGAAUCUGGUGAACUGCUAGAAACUACAGUGGAAAAGUUUUUAUCAUUUCCCCGGCCUAUGGAAUACGUUUCCACUACAGGUCAAAGUACUACUUUGGUUGAACUUCAGGAUGUUUUGCAUGCUACUGAACAGGCAACAUUUCACACCCCAUUCAGCCACCUAGGACAAAGCCCAGAAGGAUGUUCCACUUAUUUAUUUCCUCAAAUAAUGGGACCGGCCAAGGCCAAUGAGGUGCUACUUUUCAACAGAAAAUUAACUGCAGCUGAAGCAUGCAAUUUAGGACUUGUUACAGAGGUUUUCCCAGACAGCUCAUUUCAGAAGGAAGUUUGGGUGAGGCUAAGAAGUUUUGCAAAGUUACCAAAAAAUUCUUUGAUGUACUCAAAGCAGUUGAUCAGAGGAGUGCAAAAAGAGAAGCUGCACGCUGUGAAUAUUCAAGAGUGUGAGCGCCUGAAAGAGAGAUGGUUAUCAGAAGACUGUAUGAAUGCCAUUAUGAACUUUUUUCAAAAGUCCAAACUGUAACUUUAUGAUAAAGUAAUAAUACCUGGACUAGAAAUGUGCAUAUAAUUGAAAAAUGGAAAAAAAAUCCUUUUGCUAUACUAAUUAUUGUACUUAAUCACAAAAUGAAAGGAUCAAGUAGUGUCUUCAAGCACCCGUAACUUUUCAAGUCCAGAAAUGGUGUAUUAAAAUGGAUAUCAGACCAAUUAGAUAAAAAAAAAUCAAAAUUAUCUGAACAAUUCACAAAGUAAAAUUGUUUUUUGCCCCUAUACGUAAACGGGACUUCAUCAGAAGCAUAUUACAGAAAAUCCACAGGUUUAAAUAACCCUUCAAAAUGGGUCACAUGCAAAACAUCACCCAAUCAGCAAAAAACUUAAAAACAUGCAAGUAUAAACUUUUAAAGUUGCAGUCAUUUACAAUAUGUAACUUUUAAUAAAAUAAUGAAAGUUGGCAGUAAAAAAUACUUCAUACUAAUAAUAAUGAUACCAGCAGAAGAAUAAAUGUAACAUAUAUUGAAUAUUAGCUCUCAACUUUAAUACUGGAACAAUGAAUACUUGGGCAAGGUCAUAUGAUGCACCCAGUCAUAAUUGCCAGAUCAAUUCCCUAUAUUCCAGUUUUGUUUCCCAGGAACCACCUCUUAAUUCACGGCAAAACUACUUCUAAUAAACGAAAUAGAACCUUUGUUUUUUUUUUUUUUUUACAUGAGUAUGUUUAGAAAGUGCAUUGUUAAUAUUAUUUUAUCUGAUUGGGCCUUGUUUUGAAGGUUUAUUUAAACCUGUGAAUUUUAUGUAGUGUAUGGUUCUGACGAAGUCCCGCUUAUGUAUAGGGAUGAACUAACUUAACCAGUUUUAUUUUAUGGCUUGUUCUGCUAUUAAAUUUUGAUUUUUUUAUUUAAUUGGUCUGACGUCUGUUUUUAAUACACUGUUUCUGGACUUAAAAGUUAUGGGUGCUUGAAAACACUAUGUGAGUCUAUCAUUCAUGGCUGCACGGACACAUGUUGGUCUUAUUUUGUGUUUAUUAAUUAUUAUACUUGGCUGAUUGUAUUGAUGAGAAAAAUGUGUUCAUUCAUAAAUUUGUGCCUUAAAUAAAUUAUUUUCAUCUGAUCAGAAUGUUCAUUGACUGUUAUGAUCUCUAAAUUUAGUCAAUGGUAUUUACUUUAACGAUAUAUGGUAUUAACUCAGUUUGAUUGGUCCCAUUUUUUUCAACGUCUUUUGAACUAUAUUUGCAGUCUUUGGUUUUUAUGAGACAGAGAUAUUCUUUAGACUUAACAGAAUUUUAGCAUAACAUUUCUUCAGAAUGAAACAGUUCAUGAAGUUAAGAAAUAAAAGUGCACAUUCCUUCACAAGGCAAUGUCAUAAGAACAUGA